GAUUCAUUCACUCCUUUCUCCCAACUAAAUUCUUUCUUUGAGAACACUAUUCAAGAUGCGCUUCUUGUCCGCUUUUUCUAUCCUUGCUCUGUCUUCCAUGGUCGUCGCAGACGGUGGCUACUCGGGCAGCUGCAAAGACCCCCUCUCUAACAACGAGUAUAUUUUGGACGUUGAAUGCCGUGGAGUGGACGAUGACGGCGAUGAGUUCUACGAACGAACCACACUCGAUUUGAACGACUGCUACGCUACCAUCGACGACGGCACUAUUGUGCCUCGCAAGAAUGGUGGCUUCUAUGGCCGAUGCAGACUUUGCGACGUUGACUGGAAGGGUUCCUUGAGCUGUUUCUGUCAGGACAGCUCGGGCGACUGGAGCUUGACGUCGGUUGAUCUGAAUGGCGCUAUUCGUAACGUCAAUGGACAUCUUCACUGUGAUGUUGAAGAUGGAGGUGUUGACUCUGGGUGUGUUGGUGGAUGGUCUGGGGACAUUGAGUGCGACGAUGUGCCCAGCUAGACUGCUCCGG